AUGGCGUCCAAGCGAAAAGCCUCCCCCGAUCGUGGGUUGUCAGCAAAACGGCACCACAUGAGCGAUUUACAUAGCGAUGAUCCCAUUUACGAAGAAGCACAUUCCGAUGCGGAGUACUCUGCACUAGCGACGCCUAGUCUGGCAAGUGAUGACAUGAACGACACUCCGGCCACACCAUUCUCCACCACCUCUGCUCGAUACCCAUCGGAACUGAAGACCCAUCGUUGCCCAUUCGAAGGCUGUGAUAAGGCCUUCAACCGCCCGGCUCGACUUCAGGAACACAUUCGUUCUCACAACAACGAACGGCUUUUCAAAUGUACCCAUGACGGAUGUGACAAAACCUUUCUACGGACCUCUCAUCUCGCCCACCAUGUCAAGAGCGCCCAUACCGGAACUCGGGACUAUGUGUGUCCCCGAUCAGACUGUGGUAAGAGUUUUGUCACAGGCUCGCGACUUCGUCGUCACAUUGCUGCCCACGAUGGUAGAGACAAAUACCGCUGCACCGAAUACCCACCCUGUGAGGAGACCUUCCGAAAACACUCGACCCUGCAGAAACACGUUCUGACUGUGCACUUGCACCAAAAACCCUUUCCCUGCACACACAUUGACGAAACCACCGGACAAAAAUGCCAAAUGGCGUUUGAGACUGCUGGUCAUUUACGAUCUCACCAGAGCAGAGUCCAUGCCGAGAAAAGAUUUACCUGUGCUGAGUGCACGGAGAAUUUACCGGACGCGGAGAGUGCCGCUCUUUACUUCCCAACAUAUGCUGUCCUGCAAGAGCAUAUUCGAACUGUCCAUCCCCCAAAAUGUCCUCAUUGUCCUAUUGUCUGCUCAACAUCAAGAGAGCUACGACGUCAUCUUGAGGUUGCUCAUGGAGAUGCGAGCUUAGAGGACAGGAAGGUCUUCGACUGCACGUUUCCCGGCUGCGAUCGUAGCUUCACCAAAAAGGGUAAUCUGACCGUCCAUGUUCGAACUGUUCACGAAGGAGAGAAGCGAUUUGGAUGUGGCGAGACCGACCUCUCAGCCUCGAAGAAAGUCGCUGAUUGGGACGGAAUUGGCUGCGGAAAGAGAUACGGAAGCAAACUUGCGCUUGAAGAACACAUCCGCACAGCUCAUUUGGGCUUCCAAAAUGCCAAGGCAGAACGGCGCCAGCGACUUGGUCUUAGCAAGAAGGCCUGUGUUAACAAUCAAAUGUCCACGUUGGCAGCUUUGACUGGGCAAGGCUAUGUUGAGGAGUCUGGUCGACAAAUUCCCUGCAUUUAUGAUACCUGCGAAUAUCGAUUUCACCGUGACUAUGACUUGUGGGUGCAUAUGACUGCCAAGCAUGGUUGCUCCGAGGACGAAGUCCAGGGUCUAUUCAUGCAACGUGCCCUACUUGGAGACCAGUCUGGCCCAGGGGGCAACUCCCUUGGGAUAUACGGACUUGAGUUUGAUGAUGCCAACCUGGGCUUUUCACAUGAAUCGACUCUUGGGCAGGGAACUACCUUCCAGUCCCACAAUGCCUCUGCUCUCCCCCCACAAGCAGGUUCCGAUUCUGAUAUCAUGAUGCAAGAUGCAUUCCCUAUGGAUUCAAAUCACGAUGCUGGUAAUAUUAUACCCAACCACAACGAGGUGGCAAUGAUUGACCCUGUCUUGGCUUACCAUUUGAUGGAGACUUGA